UUGUUGAAGAUGAUCUCGAAGAAGGUGUUCAAGUAAAAAAUGAUAUUAGAUAUAUUGCAGGAAAUGUGGGAAUCACUAGAGCAGCAUUUAAAUAUUGUAAACAUAAAUAUAUUUUUAUUUUAGAAGUUCUUAAAACAACUGAUGAUGUAAUAGUUCUGUAUAAACCAAAAUUUAUAAAGCUUUAA